AUGAUUAGUCUUUCUUCCAGACAGGACUAUGAAGAGCUAGAAAAGCAGCUGAAAGAAGUUUUUAGGGAACGAAGCACGAUCCUCCGUCAGCUGACAAAGACAUCAAGAGAACUGAAUGGAAUUAAAGUCAAUCUUCAGUCUUUAAAAAAUGAUGAGCAAUCCGCCAAAACUGAUGUUCAGAAGCUUCUGGAAUUAGGCCAGAAACAAAGAGAAGAAAUGAAGUCUCUUCAGGAGGCCCUGCAAAAUCAACUUAAAGAGACAUCCGAGAAAGCAGAAAAACAUCAGGCCACUAUUAACUUUUUAAAGACCGAAGUGGAAAGAAAGAGCAAAAUGAUCCGAGACCUCCAGAAUGAGAAUAAAAGCUUGAAAAAUAAACUAUUGUCAGGAAACAAGCUGUGUGGCAUUCAUGCAGAAGAGUCAAAAAAAAUCCAAGCCCAACUGAAGGAGCUUCGUUAUGGGAAGAAGGAUUUAUUAUUCAAGGCCCAACAACUUACUGAUCUGGAACAAAAAUUAGCUGUAGCCAAAAAUGAACUGGAGAAAGCAGCUCUUGACAGGGAUUCACAAAUGAAGGCGAUGAAAGAGACUGUACAACUCUGUCUGACAUCUGUUUUUCGGGAUCAACCUCCCCCUUUGAGUCUAAUCACGUCACUUCCACCCAGGACAAUUGCUUCUAAGAUUCCGGAUGCCAGAGCAAAAAGCAAGCUUCAACAAAGUGCUCCUCGGCACAAUGAGAGUUCUCAAGUUGAGUCAAGAAAGAAAAAUUCGAGUACCACUGUGUGUGAUUCUCAAGAUGCGGGCAGAAACUGCUCCUUGAAGCACAGAGAGAAUUCCACAAGUAAUGCCACUGCAGAAUCUGAGCCUGCCCCACAGAAACUACAAAUGCCUCCUUGUUCUGAAUGUGAAGUGAAAAAAGGUCCCAAAAAACAACUGAACAGCUUUGAAGGCAUGGCAACUAGAGAAGAGAAAAUACUGUAA